AUGUUCGUUGUACGACGCAUGUAAUACCAGCCUACGUUUUUCCAUGCUGAAGGUUUAAAUUACUCUCGUUGCAUUCAGGAAUACACACUGAGGAUAGAGUGGCAUAUAAUUGACAAAUCAUAAUGAAUAAAUCUUAAUUCUUUUCGUUCUGAUUGAUCAAUUGAAAGCCUCUAUCUUCAGUGUGGUAUUUCCGAAUGCGCGACACAAUAUGCGAUACGUGACGCACAAUGUCCAAUGAGCAUACAGCUCUCCUGGAAAAGUAAUAUAUUCAUUGGAUAUCGCACGUCACGUGCUACAUAUCGAGUCAUAUAUCGCGCUGCCUGGCUGCGAAAGUCAUUAUUAGUAAUAAUUAUAUUAUUUGUUAUAUCUUAUUCAAACGCGUGCGUAUUGGCUAUGUCAGAAAACACUGAACUCAUUUUAAGACCAAAAGUUAAGUUUUCUCGGUUUUCUAACCAAGAACGAAAUGAUGAAAUUAUUGAAGAAUCUUGCAAAGAUAAUACAAAUCCACAAAUAAAUGGUCCCAAAAUCAAAAGUAUUAUAUCUCUCAAGAAACCAGUGAAAAUAAUAGAUUUUAUGGGAUCUGCUGAUGUUUAUGAGAAAGAUUUACUUUCAAAGGAUUGUGAAAUAAAAUCCUCAUCUUGCUCUAGUGAUACAGCAUCUGUCAAUACUCAAGGUAUAUCUCUAUCUAAUGAUAAUGUGAAGACAGAAAUAGAGAUCUCAAGGAUUUUGUACAACGCAAGUAGUAGUCAAAACAAGAAAGAAAAAGUAACGCAACUGAAUAAAAACAUAUGUACACAAAAUAAUACUUUAAAACAUUGUAGAAAGAUCUUGCAACAAAAGGACAAAGAAAAUAAGGAUGCAGUAUUGAACAAGAUUAUACCGAAUAAAAAUAUAAAUAAGAUAAGAACAAGAAACUCUCAAUAUAUACAACCAGCUGUAUGCAAGAAAUUUAAACUUUUUACAAACAAUGAUGAUGUACAGAAACCAGAUACUGUAAAUUCUUAUAGAACAGUAAUGACAAAAUUACAGUCUGCACCGAGUAUCAUGAAGAAAACUGAAAAACAAACGACAAGAAUUCUUAAUGCAAAACCUAGUGUUAUGCCAUGUUACCGAUAUAUCGAAACUGGAAUAAUAAGAAAUAAAGUAUCUCCUGUUAAAAAAAUUGCACUACGUAGUACAACAGGUAUUAAAAUCAAAACUUCUGUGGAACCGGGAGUUUCUCACAAGCAGCAGAACAAUACAAAGACAGAUGAUGCAAAUAAAAAAUAUUGUACAAUAUCAGACCUUGCUGUGGGAAAACUGGCACAACCAGAAUAUAAUUCUAUCAUGUGUAACAUUCACAAACUUAAGGAAAUUAAGCAACGAGAAAUUGUGAGCGAUGUUAAUUAUUUUCCACAUAAGAAUCUUUUAAAUGAAAAGAUUUCUACUGCACUGGAUUUUUCAUUGGAUGAAACAAUUUUCAAAAAUUUAGUAGAUUUGAGCAUAGAUGACAAACAGAUACCCGCUAUUGUACGAAGCAAGGAUCCAGAACUGCGACAAAAGGAUAUUACACCCAAGCUUUCUGACUUUUUUGUUCCUGAACAUACGAAAGAUAUUUGUACACUCAUACAUGUUAAAUUUCGUGCUCCAAAAAUGAAUGAAAAUUGGGAUAUUUUUAAAAUUAGUAAUAAGAUACUUGACUGGAGGCAUAGUUUGGACAUUGUACGAUAAUGCAUCUAUACUUUUUGCUUGACAUAUAAGUGUAAAAAUUAUUAAUAGUGUAAUAGUGAUAGAAAAAAUAUAAAUACAAUUGCUAUU